UGGCUCUGAUUCGCAAGCGUAAGGGCAAGAUGAUCGCCCGGGACGAGCCGAAGAGGCCUCGGAGGGCCGACACUCCCGCUCAUGGCCUAGACGGCGGGGUGUCUCCGGUGGAGGAAAAUCCUGCUCCUCCUCGCAUUGAGCUUACCCCGAUUCCGGGGGAUGAGGCAAGGCAGGAGCUUCGCAUAGCCAAACACAACUACGCUAUGGACGAGUACUCCCGGGGAUAUGCCGAUGUGGAGGCCCUUAGGAGGAUUUUGCGAGCGGAGGUUGAGGCGAGUAUUAACCAUCCGGACUAUCAUGAUCCGUGGAACCUCAACCUGGAUCCUUUGGCAGACUGGUUCCGUCCCCUCCUAGGGCCCACUCUGGCUCCCUUCGCCGCGGAAAUGACCGGUGAGUUCGCCUCUCAGCUUACACGCUGUGCGCCCAAGCGGUUUGCCACUUGCGCUUCCCUGAACUCCAUCUUCCAAGUCCAGGACCUCAGCCAUUCCCUCACAGUGCUUGCAGCUGAGGCUGGUCGCCUCUCCAAGAACAUCAUAAGCCAUGGCUUCGCUCUGUCCGAUUUUGGGGACAUGAACGACGUCAAGAAGGUCCUCCAAGACCUUACAGCGGAGAGGCAGAUCUACCAGGAGGCUGCCGAGCGCCAGGAAGCAGCGGCCAAGGCUAAGGAAGAGAGGGCCAAGGCCAGGGAGGAGGAGGCCAUCCGGAGGGAGGCUCAGGCGGAGGACAUGAUCCAGGCCGAGGCCCAGCGGAGAGGCAGGAUGGAGGCCCAUCAUCAGGAGGAGCUAAGGGCUCAAACCGAGGCUGCCGAGAAGGCUAGGCGGGACCUUCGGGAGGCCAGGGAGGCUUUGGACGAAAUGGCCGCCAAGGUGAGGUCUCUAGAGGAGACUCACCAGUCGGAUAUUGAAUCCAAGGCCGCUCUGGCUGCGGAGUUGAAGGAGCUUCGGACUAUAAAGAUCAGGAUGGUAGAUAAUUAA